CUCUCAGCUCCUGUAUGCGCGGUUGCUACUCUCCCGGGUUCUCUGCCGUUGGGGGCUCGCGUUCGACGCGCUCGAAAAGCAAAAGAGAGACUGGGAUAUCCGUGCCGCGAAUGGCUCCAUGCCCUUGAAAUUUACGCGCAUGUAGCCGCCAACGCCGCCACAUCCAACGACAUGGCAUGUACUGCAAUGGCUUAUAUAUAUCUUGUGGUUGCAGCCGUCCUCAGAUUAGACGUCUGGUCCUUUCUCUCAGUAGACCCAUGCAGUCCUUGCUCCCCUUCCUCCUCGUCGCUCUUUCACUCACUGCCGGGACACAAUCUCGGACACAUGGACGCCGUCUCCACAAUGCCGGCCACUCACGCUCUCUGGAGGAACUGGAACUCGAGCUGCCGACCCGGACGACGAAACUCUCUGCCAACUGGAAUCUGGAUCGGUCUUUCGCUAUAGACAACGAGACCGCCCUGGCGAAGCGCGAUAACACGAAAUAUGUGUUUAUGCAUCAUAUUGUGGGCAAUACCCAAGCGAACUGGACUGCAGAUAUCCAAGCGAUUGGUGCACAGGGAGUCGACGCCAUCGCUCUCAACAUCGGCGGCGACACAUGGCAACGGACGCAAAUCGGCUACGCCUACGCCGCCGCACAAGCGAUAUCGAGCCCCGUCAAGCUUUUCAUCUCUUUCGACUUUACCACGAACCUGGGCUGCGACCUGAAUGACAUCGUCCAGCGCACCCUCCAGUUUUCGAGCCACCCGUCCCAGUUCAAAGUCAACGGCAGGGCGAUGAUCAGCAGCUACGAGGGCGCGUGUCUGGGUGACGCGGGCUGGAGGAGCUUGAAAGAUCAGACGAAUGGAUAUAUCAUGCCGUUUAUCUCUGGGCUGGAGGGCAAUUUUGGCGCGUGGUCAAGCUUCGACUCGUGGUAUUGUUGGGGUUGUGCCUGGUCCCAGAACAACCAGGACAAGAAUACUGCUGAUGACUACUACUAUAUCAGUCAGGUUGGAUCUAAAUACGCUACGACAGUCAGCGGAUGGUUCUACACCCACCUCUCCGACAAAAACCGUAUUUUGCGCUCCGAUGACUGGCUUCUGAACAACCGCUGGAACCAGAUUUUCCAGAUGCGCGAUCAACUGACAUUCGUGGAGAUGGUCACAUGGAACGACUUUGGUGAAUCUGACUACUUCGGACCAGUCACAGCCAACCAGCCCACUGGGACGACCUGGGCCGACAACUUCCCGCACACCGCUUGGAUGGACAUGAGCGCGUAUUACAUCCAGGCGUUCAAGACCGGCGUCUAUCCGACCGUCACCAAGGAUGUGAUAUACUUCUGGGCUCGGCCGCAUCCCCACGAUGCGACCGCGACCGCCGACCCGCUGCCGCAGCCGGCCAACUAUGCGUGGACAUCCGACUAUCUGUGGGCCGCGGCGUUCUGCUCCUCGACGUGCACCGUGACGUUGAAGAGCGGGACGAGCUCGUCGCAGACGUGGACGAACCUGGGAGCCGGUGUGAAUCUGUUGCAGCUUCCGCUUGCGCCGGGACGGGUCUCGGUGGCCAUGAGCAAGGGCUCUACCACCGUUUUGAGCGCGUCUCCGACGGAUUUCACUUAUGUCUCGGUGCCCAGUCUUUACAAUCUGAAUGUCUAUGUUGGAGCAGCUUCCGCGACAAGCACUGCGACUACAAGCACUGCGACUGCGACCACUUCUACUAGCACUUCGACUACGACCACGUCCACGACGAGUACUGCGACCACGACUACCGCGACAACCACCUCAACCACCACUACAACGACGACAACUACGUCGACGUCCACCGACACUGCAGCUACUUCGGCCGCGACAGUGACAUGGUCUUAUCAGGGCUGUUACACUGAUAACGGCGGCUCCCGUACUCUGAGAGGAAUCGAAAUCGACUCGUCCACCGGAAACAGCAUCUCCAGCUGCCAGUCGCAGUGCCAGGUUGCCGGGUAUCUCUAUGCCGGAGUCGAGUACGGGUCGCAGUGCUUCUGCGCCGCCGCCAUCGCUUCGGGGGUAUCGACCUGGGACGAGUCUCACUGUAGCUACCCGUGCCCCGGCGGCGCUGGAAAGUGCGGCGGUUUCAACGCCAUCAACAUUUACAAGGCGUCCUCUGCGAGCACAGCCACUACGACGACGACGACGACCAGUGCUGCUGCCGCGACAGUCACCGCCGGCGGCCAGUCCUGGUCGAGCCUCGGCUGCUACGCUGACUCGACCAAUCAGCGUGUUCUCCCUGCGCAAGUUUACGAGGGUCCGAGCAACGGUGUAACCUCGUGUCUGACGUCGUGUGCCAACGCAGGAUACUCGUUUGGGGGUGUCGAAUUCGGGAGCCAAUGCUUUUGCGGCAAUGCAGCCCCUGCCAGUUCAUUGAUAGCGACGAGCGACAGCUGCAACUACGCAUGCUCUGCUGGCUCGGCGUCUGGGAUCUGCGGAGGAGCCAAUAGGAUCAACAUCUACUCUAUUUCGGGUGGCGCGGCACCUAUCACGACGCCUCCAGCAGGCGCCGACACGGGAUCGUGGACCUACCUUGGGUGCUACCCCGAUAGCCCGUCGAGCCGGAUCGUCAGUGCGCUCGAAGUAGACUCUGCCUCGUCGAACUCAAUCGCAUCGUGCGAGACCACGUGCUCGCAGGCAGGCUUUUCGUACGCUGCGGUCGAGUUUGGCCAGCAGUGCUUCUGCGGGCCAUCGCUGCUGUCCGGUGUCUCCGCCGUCGCCGACUCGCAUUGCAGCUACGCGUGCCCCGCUGGGUCGGGCAACUGCGGCGGGUUCAAUUACGCGAGUGUGUACUACAAGCCCGCCAGCUCCAGCACUUCGAGCGUCACGACCGUGGGAAGCACAGCGUGGACGCAUCUGGGGUGCUACAACGAUGCGACCAACGCGAGGGUGCUCUCGUAUGGAGCGUACGACGGACCAGCGAACUCCGUCAGCUCGUGUCUGACAGGCUGUGGCGGCAAGGGCUAUGUCUACGGCGGUCUAGAGUUUGGGCAACAAUGCUUCUGCGGAUCCACGUUCACCUCCAAAACGGCGACCGCAAGCUCCAACUGCCAGUACCACUGUUCCGGAGACUCGGCGGGCCUCUGCGGUGGCUUCAACUACGUCGAUGUGUAUUACGCCGCCAGCGGCCUGCAUUAGGAAGGAAAUCGAGCACCGCAUCUCAUUACCUUAUGUACACUCUUUCAUUACCGUCCUUCGUUUGGCGCCCAAGCUGCUGCGGGCGCCAAUCUGCGUGUAUAAGUUCGCCGGGUGUAUGUGGGGCACCGCCAGCGCUCCGCCCUCCCUGCACCCCCAGUGACGAUGAACCACCAGCUGUCGCUGCACAAUCCCUCGCUCCAAGUCCUCGACCGCGUGCGACACCCAGUGCGCUCUCUGCGGCUCCGAGAUGUCUGAGCCCGCGUUGACGAUGACCACAUAGAAAACCCGGGCCGAGCGCGCGCACAUGCAGUUCCAGCAACGCGCCGCGGACGCCCAGGACCCCGUGCGCCAGCAGGGCUGGUUCCGCUCGAUGCAGCAGGUGAUGCAGGAGAUCGACGAGAUGACGCUGUGCGUUCCCGCCGCCGUGCCCAUCCGCUUCCUGGACCUCGG